AUGCAGCCAAAAGAUCUCAGCGCAGGUCUGAGUAAUAUUUUGCUGAAUAUAGGAGUACAGUGCUAGAGGAUGAGUGUGUAGUUGAUUUGGGGUGAGAGGUGUGAGAUGGUUCGGGGCUGGUUAAAAAUAUUCGGGUCUGCAGCCGCAGAAGUCCAGGCCUGGCGACUCCCCUGGUGAUGACAUACAGUUUGAUUAAAGGUGGAAGCAAAAUACAGGACAGUUGGUCGGAAUACAGGUGGGGGAAGAAAAAAACGGUUUUGUCGGAAAACAGGUGGAAAUAAAAUACCAAACAGCUUGUCUGAAUACGGGUGGGAAUAAAACUCCGCCACUGAGCUUUCACUUUUACGUGGGCGGAGCUCUAGCCGUGACGUCAUCGCGCCUCUUACUGCGUGUGACGUCGGAGUCGGAAGAAAGUGUUGACUGAGUUUCUGGCUUUGAUCCUCUCGCUGCGGAAAUCAGUAAAGUUUUUAUAGGGUCACAGCUGGCGCGGAGUGCGGACAGUGGACUGUCCCUCAGUGUUAUAAUGUCCCUGCGCCGCGGUCUCCUGUGGACUCUGCUGCUCGCUCUCACUGUAAUACUGACAGCAGCUGCAGCUACUGUAAUGCCUCAUGUUAUACCCACCACUCUGGGUGUUGUAUCCCUCAGCGGAGUGGUUCUUCUGUGGAGAACCGUCAGCUUGCGGUUGAAGGCCGAGAACAGGACUGUAUGGGGUCUCCUGAAUCAGUUCUUGGCCGUCAGGUUUGUGACCUGGCUGGGAAAACGCCAGAGACAGAAGCUGGAGAAAGAUACACUGGACAUUCAGAAGGUGCAGGAGGAGACUCUGCUCAGACGACUGCACAAGAAUGCACACACACUCUAUGGAAAGCAGUACAACUUCAGCUCUAUUAAAGACUCUGAAGAAUUCCGCCGCUGUCACCCAGUCACGGUGUAUGAUCAUUAUGGAGAGUUAGUGCAGCAGGUUUCUGCAGGAGAGGAGAAUGUUCUGGUUAGAGGGAAGCCACUCAUCCUGGCCAUGACUUCUGGAACAUCUGGAAGCAGCAACAUGCUCCUGAGCACCAAGGACACCAGCGCUGACUUCUUCUCACAGGGUGUGUGUGUAUGUGUAGAUGCCAUGAGGAAAGCUUUCCCGAGCUCAGUCAGCCUUCAAAGGACCCUAAAGCUUUUCUACUCCCCCACUGUACACCACUCAGAAGGAGGAAUACCUAUUGGACCAAACUCCUCAACCCCCUCCUCCUCCAAACACCUGCUGUACCUCUAUACCACUCCAGCACCUGCAUUCCAGGUGCUGAAUGAGAGGGACGCAUUAUAUCUCCAUCUACUGUUCGCCUUGAAGGACCGCCAUGUUGGUACUAUAGAAUCCAACUUCUCUUCAACUGUGUUCUAUGCUUUCAGAGCCCUGGAGGAGCAGUGGGAGGAGCUGGUUGAAGAUGUUGAGACUGGUGGGCUCAGUAGGAAUUUGGAGCUGCAUGGUGGGAUAAGGUUGGCCCUAGACAAGCUGCUGGAGCCUGACCCUGGCCGUGCCUCGGAGCUGAGAGCCCAGUUUAGCGAAGGCUUCCAAGGCAUUGCUCUCAGGCUCUGGCCCCGUUUAAACCUGGUGCUGGCUGUGGACUCUGGAUCCAACCAGAUUUACGGAGAGUUACUGAGGCAGCACUACUGCAAAGGCCUACCUUUCUAUUCGCCGUUCUAUGCUGCCACUGAAGGUUUGAUAGGUAUAAACCUGUGGCCUCUUCAGGAGAGCAGGCAUUAUUUGCUCUGUCCUCGCUCCAUGUUCUGUGAGUUCCUGCCUGAGGAGAGUUUAGACUCAGAGCAGUGUAAUACGCUCCUCAUGCACCAGGUAGAGGAAGGAAAAAACUAUGAACUGGUCAUCACCAACGCAGCUGGAUUGUACAGGUAUCGCAUUGGAGACAUUGUUAAAGUGGUUGGGUUCCACAACCAGUGUCCAGUGGUGGAGUUUCUCUACAGGCGAGGUCAGAUGUUGAGCGUACGAGGUGAGAAGGUGACUGAAGCUUUGUUUUUGGGUGCUCUGAAGAAGGCGGUAGCUCAGUGGCCUGGGGCUAAACUGGUGGACUACUGCUGCGCUGAGAGUGGCGUCCUGGGUGACUCUUCAGGAGGAGCUCAGCCGCAUUACCAAGUAUUUCUGGAGCUGAAGGGGGUCAGGAACCUCACAGAGGAGCAGAGAUAUAAGCUGGACUGCUGUCUUCAAGCAGACUCGGCUGUCUACAAGUCCUUCCGGAUCAAGGGCAGCAUCGGACCAAUGAGAGUACAACUGGUCAGCCAGGGGGCGUUCGAGGCGCUGAAAGGUCACAUGAUGUCCACCAACAUCACCUCCAACACGUUCAAAAUGCAGCGCGUCAUCCGCAGGAAGGAGUACGCGGACUUCCUUCUAGGGAAAACUGUUUCUUGAGAGAUGCUUUGAUGACCAAUGCAAUUAUGAAAUUGAAUGUUUUAAGGAUCCAGAUGAAGUUCCCUACCAUUCUACAUUUAAGCCUAAAACCUUUGAAACAAAUGGUGAAACUCAUCAGAAGUGACUGUACAAGGGCAGCAUCAGCACAGGUGAGCUGAGUUUGACGGUGUUUAAUAACCUCGGCCACCAGAGGGCAGCAAACUAAAACUUGUCUCUGAAUUUGGAAGAUGAACAGUGGUCAGGACGUUGAGUGGGAGUAUAAUAUGUAUAUUAAUGAGCUUUGUAGAAAAUGCUAAGUUAAAAUAAAAUAAGACGAAACUCCAAAACAAAGCGUUACAUUUCAAUUGAGACAUUUUUUUUUUCCAGAAUUUUUUUAGCAAAAAUUGUCUGAAAGUGUUAUGAUGAAUGGACCAAUGGACCAAAGUGCUCCAAUAUUACUCUCUUUACAUUAACUUACAUUAAAAGUUGGCCUUUUCCUGUAAAGUUAGUAUUUUGAAUAAUAAAUAUAUUAAUGUAAGUAUAUUUAUAUAGUGUUGCUUUAUUAUUUGAAAUUAAGUUAUUAGGCCCAUAUAUACAUUGCACAACAUUUCUUUAUAUAGAAUCUAGAAAAGUUAAUGUUGAAGUGAAUUACAAGUUCUAUCUUUCUACUUUCUAUUGUUGUUAACACUUAUUGCAAGUAUCAUGCUACAGCUUAACUCUGAGUUUUAAGAUAAUCUGCUAGGUCUGUGUGGCCUAAAGGAGGAUAUGUUGCCCUUUUUGAGUAUGUAGACAUUUUUGUCUUUGACUCAGAAAAUACAUCAUUAACUGGCAUCUAAAAAUACCCUUCAGCUAAGAGACUGCCAGAAACAAGAGUCUUUUUGUGUUUUGGCGAGUAGCUACAAAAGGAAAUGAACUGUAAGUUGGAGUAACAAAGCCAGCUAAUAAUACUUCAAAAGUUUAAACAGUAAAAUACUGAUGAUAGUUCCAGGUAGUUGCUAUGUUGUUGCUCUGGUGUUGCUAUGGUAUUCCAGCUUUUUGUUAGGGCAUUGCUUAGUGGUUGUUAGGCUGUUGCUAAGUCUAUGUCAGGCCGUUGCUAUGGUAUCUCAGGUGGUUACUAAUGGUGGUUGCUUUUGGUACCAGCUACUAGCUUCCCCUCAAUGUAGCUAGUCAUCAUAGGGACACCACAGGAAACAAUUGUGACAUGAAAGAGACCAAUUUUGUUCAGAAGUGGCUGACGGCAGCGAGAGAUGAGACUGCUGAAAAAACAGUAGAGUUUGGGGAAAACUACAUCCAGGUUCACACAACCAGAUAAUUGUGGUUGCUCAAAGAAUAUGUUGUUAAGGUGUUGUUAGGUUGUUGGCCUGAUAUCCUAGGUGCCUGCUAAGAUGUUGCUAGGCUAUUGCUAUGAUUUCCCAGGUGGUUGCUAGAAAAUAGAAACUAGUCUCUAGAAACGAUGCAAAAAAAAAACGUCUUGAAAUAAAAUCCUUAUGAAUAAAGUGUAAAGAUUACAGAGCUGCCCCUGAAUAAAAGUCAAAACUGGCUUGUUUAGGUGUGGUUGAGGUUCUCUCUUCCUCAGCACAGAGAAUUUUGUCCUUCGGGUUUAUAUUAGCAUGAUUAGAUGCUUCGACAGAUGCAGUAACCAUGACUACUGGAAUUUAUACUGUAAUGCGUUACACCACUUUGUUACAGGAAAAAGUAAUCUUAUUACUGUAAUGCUCUAUUUCGUACCCAACAUUAAUUAUGUUAUAUUAAAGGGGAAUUACAAUUUUAUUCA